GGCUUCGAAAGUUUCAUUGAAGGUGGAGAAGCGCGCGCCGCCGGGAAGCCCCGGCUGCGCCGCGAGUAGGAGGCUGCUCGGCGGCGGGCGGGGGUCGCGCUGGGCAUCUGGACGGCGCUGGUUUUUCUCCUGAGUUUUACGUUGAGGCGGUGGAGGAGGGAGUGGGAGACCUACCCACCCGAUAUGCGCUCUCGUCUCCAUUUCUGCCUACGCUCGCGCUGUUCCUUCGAGUGAGGGAGGGACUCGGAGCGCCGCCCGCGGACCGGACCCACAAGGCGAGCCGAGUUGUGGCGGGGAUGGUUCUGCACGCCUGGCAGCUCCCGCCCGGGUGUCUCCGGCGCGAAGUAGCGGGGCGCAGGGGCUGAACUGUGCAGCGGCUCGGGGAUCCGCCGCGGGCCGCCCAGGGGCUGGAGGGUGAGACUCAGAGCCCGCCAGGCAGCUCCGAGAGCGGGGGCUGGAGUCAGAGCGCUGCAGCCUGCGUGGGCAGCGGGACAUAGGCUGGACAGCGGAGACGCGGUGGCUUCAGAGGGGCUUCCACGUAGAAAACUCCCCGGCCGCCCCUGAACGACGUCCUGGGAACCAGGCGGGAGCACAGCACGCCCUUCUUGCCCCAGUUCCUCGCCGUGCCGCCUCCCAGGACCCUCCCAAAGCGUCCCUUUCCACAGCCCCCGCACCAGCUACCCUCUGAGGAAGCCGCCGCCGCUGCCGGAUCCAGGAUCUACACUUCAUGGGCCCGCCUCAGGGGGUCGGGCGCCGGGCUAGGUGGCCGCCAAGAGCCUGGUGAGGGGCUACCCAGAGCCCGGCGGGCGAGGGGCGGCCGAGAGCCCAGGGAGCGCGCCCUCGGGGCUGAGAGCGCAGCGGCGGGCGCUGAGGAGAUGCUCGGGUGGCUGCGAGCUGCCGGCGGCGCGAGGCCAUAGGCGGGCAUGGGCCUGGCGUCCCAGCAGCCCUAGGGACCCUCGAGCCUCGCCCCUCUGCUCCGACUCGCCGGACCGACGCUAUGGCCUCGGAAGUGGUAUGCGGGCUCAUCUUCAGGCUGCUGCUGCCCAUCUGCCUGGCAGUGGCAUGUGCAUUCCGAUACAAUGGUCUCUCCUUUGUCUACCUUAUCUACCUCUUGCUCAUUCCUCUGUUCUCAGAACCAACAAAAACAACGAUGCAAGGACAUACGGGACGGUUAUUAAAGUCUCUCUGCUUCACCAGUCUUUCCUUCCUGCUGCUGCACAUCAUCUUCCACAUCACGUUGGCGAGUCUUGAAGCUCAACAUCGUAUUGCACCUGGCUACAACUGCUCAACAUGGGAGAAGACAUUUCGGCAGAUCGGCUUUGAAAGCUUAAAGGGAGCUGAUGCUGGCAAUGGGAUCAGAGUGUUUGUACCUGACAUCGGGAUGUUCAUUGCUAGUCUGACCAUCUGGCUUCUCUGUAGAAACAUUGUUCAGAAACCUGUGACAGACGAAGCAGCACAGUGUAACCUGGAGUUUGAAAAUGAAGAAUUGGCUGAAGGGGAAAAAAUUGAUUCAGAAGAGGCACUGAUCUAUGAAGAGGAUUUAGAUGGAGGAGAUGGUGUUGAAGGCGAGUUGGAAGAAAGCACAAAGUUAAAAAUGUUCCGCAGGCUUGCCUCUGUGGCCUCCAAGCUCAAGGAGUUCAUUGGCAACAUGAUCACCACUGCUGGGAAAGUCGUUGUUACCAUCUUACUGGGCUCCUCGGGUAUGAUGUUGCCAUCUUUGACGUCAUCUGUGUAUUUUUUUGUAUUUUUGGGUCUGUGCACCUGGUGGUCCUGGUGCCGGACGUUUGACCCAUUGCUAUUCAGCUGUCUCUGUGUUCUGCUGGCUAUUUUCACUGCUGGACAUUUGAUUGGACUUUAUUUAUACCAGUUCCAGUUCUUUCAGGAAGCAGUUCCACCCAAUGACUACUAUGCAAGGUUGUUUGGUAUCAAGUCAGUAAUUCAAACAGACUGUUCCAGUACUUGGAAGAUCAUAGUAAACCCGGACCUGUCAUGGUAUCACCAUGCCAACCCUAUCCUGCUGCUGGUGAUGUACUACACACUGGCCACACUGAUCCGCAUCUGGUUGCAAGAGCCCCUUGUGCAGGAUGAGAGGACCAAAGAGGAGGACAGAGUCCUGGCUUGUAGCCCCAUCCAAAUAACGGCGGAGAGAAGGCGGAGCCUGUGGUAUGCAACCCACUACCCCACUGAUGAGAGAAAACUUUUGUCCAUGACCCAGGAUGACUACAAGCCAUCUGAUGGCCUGCUGGUGACUGUGAAUGGCAACCCUGUGGAUUACCACACCAUCCACCCCACCCUACCCAUGGAGAAUAGCCCCGGCAAAGCCAACCUCUAUUCCACCCCUCAGUACCGUUGGGAGCCCUCUGAUGAAUCCUCAGAAAAGCCAGAGGAGGAAGAGGAGGAGAAAGAAGAAUUUGAAGAAGAAAGGAGCCGUGAGGAAAAAAGAAGUAUCAAAGUUCAUGCCAUGGUUUCCGUGUUCCAAUUUAUUAUGAAACAAAGUUACAUCUGUGCCCUCAUAGCUAUGAUGGCCUGGAGCAUCACUUAUCACAGCUGGCUGACCUUCGUGCUGCUGAUCUGGUCAUGCACUCUUUGGAUGAUUCGCAACAGAAGAAAAUAUGCCAUGAUCAGCUCUCCCUUCAUGGUGGUUUAUGGAAACCUAUUGUUGAUAUUACAGUAUAUAUGGAGUUUUGAACUUCCUGAAAUUAAAAAGGUUCCAGGAUUUUUAGAAAAGAAAGAGCCAGGAGAACUUGCUUCCAAGAUUCUUUUCACCAUUACUUUUUGGCUACUGCUGAGGCAGCACCUCACAGAGCAAAAAGCUCUGCAAGAAAAGGAAGCUCUUUUAUCGGAAGUCAAAAUUGGCAGUCAGGAAAAUGAAGAGAAAGAUGAGGAACUUCAAGAUAUACAAGUGGAAGGAGAGCCCAAAGAGAAGGAGGAAGAAGAGGAAGCGAAGGAAGAGAAGCAAGAGAGAAGGAAGGCAAACGAAGAGGAAGUUGAAGAGGAAGAUGAGCAGGACAUCAUGAAAGUCCUGGGCAAUUUGGUGGUGGCCAUGUUCAUCAAGUACUGGAUCUACGUCUGCGGAGGCAUGUUCUUCUUUGUCAGCUUCGAGGGUAAAAUCGUAAUGUACAAAAUCAUCUACAUGGUGCUGUUCCUGUUCUGUGUGGCCCUGUAUCAGGUGCAUUAUGAAUGGUGGAGGAAAAUUCUAAAAUAUUUUUGGAUGUCAGUGGUUAUUUACACUAUGCUGGUGCUUAUCUUUAUAUACACAUAUCAAUUUGAAAACUUCCCAGGCCUGUGGCAAAAUAUGACUGGAUUAAAAAAAGAAAAGCUCGAGGAUCUUGGCUUAAAGCAGUUUACUGUGGCUGAACUAUUCACUCGCAUAUUCAUCCCAACCUCCUUUCUGCUGGUGUGCAUUUUACACCUGCACUAUUUCCAUGACCAGUUCCUUGAACUCACAGACCUCAAGUCCAUUCCCAGCAAAGAAGACAACACCAUCUACAGACUGGCCCACCCUGAAGGAAGUCUCCCGGACCUCACCAUGAUGCACCUGACCGCCAGCCUGGAGAAGCCAGAGUUGAGGAAGUUGGCUGAGACUGGGGAGGAGAAGCCCGAGGGCUACUCUGAAAAAGCCCAGAAGGGUGAGCUUGGGAAAGACAGCGAGGAGUCAGAGGAGGAUGGAGAGGAAGAGGAGGAAUCCGAGGAGGAGGAAGAAACAUCAGAUUUAAGGAACAAAUGGCACCUGGUAAUUGACCGCCUCACUGUGCUCUUCUUAAAAUUCCUGGAGUAUUUUCACAAGCUGCAGGUGUUCAUGUGGUGGAUUUUGGAGUUGCACAUCAUCAAAAUCGUUUCCUCAUACAUUAUCUGGGUUUCUGUGAAAGAGGUGUCUCUGUUCAACUAUGUAUUUUUGAUUUCUUGGGCUUUUGCUCUGCCGUAUGCCAAGCUGCGCCGUCUGGCUUCUAGUGUCUGCACGGUCUGGACGUGUGUGAUCAUCGUCUGCAAAAUGUUGUACCAGCUCCAAACCAUUAAGCCUGAGAACUUCUCUGUUAACUGUUCCUUGCCAAAUGAAAAUCAAACGAACAUCCCCCUUAAUGAGUUGAACAAGUCUCUGCUCUACCGCGCUCCUAUUGAUCCUACAGAGUGGGUUGGCCUGCGGAAGUCUUCGCCACUGCUAGUCUACCUGAGGAAUAACCUCCUGAUGCUGGCUAUCUUGGCCUUUGAAGUCACCAUUUACCGCCAUCAGGAAUACUAUCGAGGUCGAAAUAACCUGACAGCCCCUGUGUCUAAAACUAUCUUUCAUGACAUUACAAGACUACAUCUAGAUGAUGGACUUGUUAAUUGUGCCAAAUAUUUCAUCAAUUACUUCUUCUACAAGUUCGGUCUGGAGACCUGUUUCCUACUGUCAGUUAAUGUGAUUGGCCAGCGAAUGGAUUUCUAUGCCAUGGUCCAUGCCUGCUGGCUGAUCGCUGUCUUAUAUAGACGCAGAAGGAAAGCCAUCGCGGAGAUCUGGCCCAAGUACUGCUGCUUCUUGGCAUGCAUCAUCACCUUCCAGUACUUCAUCUGCAUCGGCAUCCCGCCUGCUCCUUGCCGAGAUUACCCAUGGAGAUUCAAGGGUGCCAGCUUCAACGACAACAUCAUAAAGUGGCUGUACUUCCCAGAUUUCAUUGUGCGGCCCAACCCUGUGUUUCUCGUCUAUGACUUCAUGCUGCUUCUGUGUGCCUCCCUACAACGGCAGAUUUUUGAGGACGAGAAUAAGGCUGCAGUGCGGAUCAUGGCAGGUGACAAUGUUGAGAUCUGCAUGAACCUCGAUGCAGCCUCCUUCAGCCAGCACAACCCUGUGCCAGAUUUUAUUCACUGCAGAUCUUACUUAGACAUGUCCAAAGUGAUCGUCUUCAGCUACCUCUUCUGGUUCGUGCUCACCAUCAUCUUCAUCACUGGCACCACCAGGAUUAGCAUCUUUUGCAUGGGGUACCUGGUGGCCUGUUUCUACUUCCUGCUCUUUGGGGGCGAUUUGCUGUUGAAACCCAUCAAGAGCAUCCUGCGCUACUGGGACUGGCUGAUUGCGUACAACGUUUUUGUGAUUACGAUGAAAAAUAUCCUGUCAAUAGGAGCAUGUGGAUACAUUGGAACAUUGGUGCACAAUAGUUGUUGGUUGAUCCAAGCUUUCAGCCUGGCCUGCACAGUCAAAGGCUAUCAAAUGCCUCCUGCUAAUUCGCCCUGUACACUACCCAGUGGGGAGGCAGGAAUUAUUUGGGACAGCAUAUGUUUUGCCUUCCUCCUGCUGCAAAGAAGAGUCUUCAUGAGUUAUUAUUUCCUACAUGUUGUGGCUGAUAUAAAAGCUUCCCAGAUCCUGGCGUCAAGAGGAGCUGAACUUUUCCAGGCCACAAUUGUAAAAGCUGUAAAGGCAAGAAUUGAGGAAGAGAAAAAGUCCAUGGACCAGCUGAAGCGACAGAUGGAUCGCAUCAAGGCCAGGCAACAGAAAUAUAAAAAGGGUAAGGAGAGGAUGCUGAGCUUGACCCAGGAGCCAGGGGAAAGCCAGGACAUGCAAAAACUCUCUGAAGAGGAUGAUGAAAGAGAAGCAGACAAACAGAAAGCCAAGGGCAAAAAAAAGCAGUGGUGGCGGCCUUGGGUUGAUCAUGCUUCCAUGGUCAGGAGUGGAGAUUAUUAUUUGUUUGAAACGGACAGUGAAGAGGAGGAAGAGGAAGAAUUAAAGAAAGAAGAUGAAGAACUUCCCCGAAGGUCAGCGUUCCAGAGAGCUAUUGGGAAGUUUGCGUCAGCCAUUUUAGCCUUGCCAAAGUCUGUCAUUAAACUUCCCAAAACUAUUCUUCAAUAUUUAAUCAGAGCUGCAAAGUUUGUUUAUCAAGCCUGGAUUACUGAUCCUAAAACUGCACUCCGACAGAGACACAAAGAGAAAAAAAGGUCUGCAAGAGAAGAACGGAAACGAAGGAGGAAAGGAUCCAAGGAGGGUCCUGUGGAAUGGGAAGACCGAGAGGAUGAACCGAUCAAAAAGAAAUCUGAUGGACCAGAUAAUAUCAUCAAAAGGAUAUUUAAUAUUUUGAAAUUUACCUGGGUCCUAUUUCUGGCAACAGUGGACAGUUUUACUACUUGGCUUAACUCCAUUUCAAGGGAGCAUAUUGAUAUAUCUACAGUUCUAAGAAUUGAACGAUGCAUGCUGACCAGAGAAAUUAAGAAGGGCAAUGUUCCGACUCGGGAGAGCAUCCACAUGUACUAUCAGAACCACAUCAUGAACCUUUCCAGAGAGUCGGGGCUGGACACCAUUGACGAGCAUCCCGGAGCUGCUUCAGGUGCACAGACAGCCCACAGGAUGGAUAGUUUAGAUUCACAUGACAGCAUCUCCAGCGAGCCCACGCAGUGCACCAUGCUGUACUCACGCCAGGGGACUACUGAGACCAUUGAGGAGGUGGAGGCUGAGCAGGAGGAGGAGGCAGGGAGCACGAUGCCUGAGUCCGGGGAGGCCAAGGAGUAUGAGGCUGCAGGGUACGAUGUGGGAGCCGUGGGUGCCGAGGAGGUCAGCCUCACCCCAGAGGAAGAGCUGACACAGUUCUCUACCCUGGAAGGGGACGUGGAGGCCCCUCCCUCCUACAGCAAGGCUGUGAGCUUCGAGCACCUGUCCUUCGGCUCACAGGACGACUCUACAGGCAAGAACCACAUGGCAGUCAGCCCUGAUGACAGCCGCACCGAUAAGCUGGGGUCCAGCAUCUUACCUUCCCUGACCCACGAGCUGACGGCCAGUGAGCUGCUGCUGAACAAGAUGUUUCACGACGAUGAGCUUGAAGAGUCAGAGAAAUUCUAUGUGGGGCAGCCUCGAUUUCUGCUGCUCUUCUAUGCCAUGUACAACACCCUGGUUGCCCGCUCGGAAAUGGUGUGCUACUUCGUGAUCAUCCUCAACCACAUGGUCUCGGCCUCCAUGAUCACUCUCCUCCUUCCCAUCCUUAUCUUCCUCUGGGCCAUGCUGUCCGUCCCCAGACCCAGCCGCCGGUUCUGGAUGAUGGCCAUCGUCUAUACUGAGGUGGCAAUUGUAGUCAAGUAUUUCUUCCAAUUUGGGUUCUUUCCCUGGAAUAAGACUGCGGAGCUGAACAAAGAUAAACCGUACCACCCCCCGAACAUCAUAGGAGUGGAAAAGAAGGAAGGUUAUGUUCUUUAUGACCUCAUCCAGCUCCUGGCUCUGUUCUUUCAUCGAUCAAUUUUGAAGUGCCAUGGCUUAUGGGAUGAAGAUGACAUGACUGAAAGUGGCAUGGACAAGGAGGAAUCAGAUGAUGAGCUUUCCCUCAGUCACGGCAGGAGGGACUCUUCCGAUUCUCUCAAGUCCAUCAACCUGGCGGCAUCUGUGGAGUCAGUGCAUGUGACCUUCCCAGAGCAGCAGACAGCUGUCCGGAGGAAGCGCUCCAGCACCAACUCUGAGCCAUCCCAGAGAUCCAGCUUUUCUUCAAUCAGAUCCCAAAGAGGCAGCACAAGCACCCGAAACAGCAGUCAAAAAGGAAGCAGUGUUUUGAGUAUUAAGCAAAAAAGCAAAAGGGAACUUUAUAUGGAAAAGUUUCAAGAACAUUUAAUCAAAGCAAAAGCCUUUACCAUAAAGAAGACGCUGCAGAUCUAUGUGCCCAUCAGACAGUUCUUUUACAACCUCAUCCACCCAGACUAUAGCGCUGUGACUGACGUGUAUGUGCUCAUGUUCCUGGCUGACACGGUGGACUUCAUCAUCAUUGUCUUCGGCUUUUGGGCCUUUGGGAAACACUCAGCAGCCGCAGACAUCACCUCUUCGCUGUCAGAGGACCAGGUCCCAGGGCCAUUUUUGGUGAUGGUCCUCAUUCAGUUUGGAACCAUGGUGGUGGACCGAGCCCUCUACCUUAGGAAGACUGUACUGGGAAAGGUCAUCUUCCAGGUCAUUCUUGUGUUCGGAAUUCACUUCUGGAUGUUCUUCAUCUUACCUGGCGUGACUGAGAGGAAAUUCAGCCAGAACCUGGUUGCCCAGCUUUGGUACUUUGUGAAGUGCGUUUACUUUGGGUUGUCUGCUUACCAGAUCCGUUGCGGCUACCCAACGCGAGUCCUGGGGAACUUCCUCACCAAGAGCUACAAUUAUGUCAACCUCUUCUUAUUCCAAGGGUUUCGCCUCGUGCCCUUUUUGACUGAGCUGAGGGCAGUGAUGGACUGGGUGUGGACAGACACGACCUUGAGCCUGUCCAGCUGGAUCUGUGUGGAGGACAUCUAUGCCCACAUAUUCAUCCUGAAGUGUUGGCGUGAGUCGGAGAAGAGAUAUCCUCAGCCGCGGGGCCAGAAGAAGAAGAAAGUGGUGAAGUAUGGCAUGGGAGGAAUGAUCAUCGUCCUGCUCAUCUGCAUCGUCUGGUUUCCUCUUCUCUUCAUGUCUUUGAUCAAAUCCGUGGCUGGGGUCAUCAACCAGCCCCUGGACGUCUCUGUCACAAUUACCCUGGGAGGGUAUCAGCCUAUUUUCACAAUGAGUGCCCAACAAAGCCAGUUGAAAGUUAUGGACCAGCAGAACUUUAAUAAAUUUAUACGAGCUUUUUCCAGGGACACCGGUGCUAUGCAAUUUCUGGAAAAUUAUGAAAAAGAAGACAUAACAGUAGCAGAACUGGAAGGAAACUCAAAUUCUUUGUGGACCAUCAGCCCACCCAGUAAGGAGAAAAUGAUACACGAACUCCUGGACCCCAAUAGUAGCUUCUCUGUCGUUUUUUCGUGGAGUAUUCAAAGAAACUUAAGUCUUGGUGCAAAAGCGGAAAUAGCAACAGAUAAGCUUUCUUUUACUCUUCAAAAUAGUACUCGAAAGAACAUUGCUAAAAUGAUAGCAGGCAACAACACAGAAAGUUCAAAAACACCAGUGACCAUAGAAAAGAUCUAUCCAUAUUAUGUGAAAGCACCUAGUGAUUCUAACUCAAAGCCCAUAAAGCAACUUUUAUCUGAAAAUAAUUUCAUGGAUAUUACCAUCAUUUUGUCCAGAGACAAUACAACUAAAUAUAACAGUGAGUGGUGGGUUCUCAACCUGACUGGGAACAGAAUAUACAAUCCGGAGUCGCAGGCCCUGGAACUGGUGGUCUUCAAUGACAAAGUCAGUCCCCCAAGUCUGGGGUUCCUGGCUGGCUAUGGUAUUAUGGGAUUAUAUGCUUCAGUUGUCCUUGUGAUUGGGAAAUUUGUCCGUGAAUUCUUCAGUGGGAUUUCUCACUCCAUCAUGUUUGAAGAGCUUCCAAAUGUGGAUCGAAUUUUGAAGUUGUGCACAGAUAUUUUUUUAGUUCGAGAAACAGGAGAACUGGAACUAGAAGAAGAUCUCUAUGCCAAAUUAAUAUUCCUGUAUCGCUCACCAGAAACAAUGAUCAAAUGGACUAGAGAAAAAACAAAUUGAAACCUUAGAACACAGACUGCAAAUAAUGUUAACAUUUGAAUUUUUUAAAAAGCACAAUAUUCUCAUAAGAGCUAAGCAUUUCUAGUUCGAUGGAAAUGGUUUGUUUCUCUUCUGACAGGUAGACAAAAGGAGCUGAUAUCCUUUUACAGUAAAAGCUACCUUGCAAGUUAGGGCACUGUUGAAAAUAUUAUGUGUCACUCCAUUUCUCUGAGAUCAGGGCUACUUGCUUUAUGUUUUAGUCAACAGUGUCUUGCAUUCUGAUUGAUCAUGUGAAGGAAUCAUUUAUGGGCCCAGUCCCUGAGAGAAACAAAAGAGAAGUCAGAAGGAAAGAUGCUUGCGUUUUCCUCUGCGGGGACUGCACCCUUCCUGGAGAGAGGCUACAAUGCAAUAUACAGCACUCCAUCCCACUGGGGAAGCUGCUCUGAUGAGACUAGAGGAGCCUUCAACACACUCAGAAUAUGCAACAGCAAUAGGGGGCGGACACUCCUACCCUUGUUUCUAGGGGCAAAAGAGAAGGAACUAAUUGCCCAUGAAGAUGCCAGUGGAAUGAUCAGCCUCAUUCUAAGCAAAAACAUAACAUUAGUGAUUCUCUUACUGCCUUAUCUUAACCAAGGACUAAUAAGAUACCUUUCCAUUAAACACCAGUGACUUCUCAGGAAAAAAAAAAAAAAAAAAAAAGCAGAAAAACAAAUGAUGUGGACACCUGCUUUGUUGGGGUCCAGCCGUGACCGGCUUCAAUGAGGACAACUAUUCUGGAGGGCUGCUGUCUCCCGUGCAAACGGAUGUGAGGCAGAAGAGUAAAAAGGCCAACCCAGUGGGACCUGGAAUACUUUGACUUUGUAACUCUUUAAUAACUGAGGUCAGGACCGCUCUUCUGCCUUUCCCAUCCCUCGACAUGCUUUUUCUCAUUUCCAUGAUUUAAGGCAAUGGUUUUUCCAGUAUGUGACAUUUUCCUUCCUGUUUUUCAGGUAUAUCAAAGAGUUUACAUAUUCCAAUUCACAUUUUUACAUCUGAGACGGGUUUUUUAAGUUCAUAAUUAUGAAAGAAAUAUGUAUAUUGAGCUUGGGGAAAUAAAAAUGGCCUUUUCUUAAAUUAUUAUUAUUGGUAAUACAACCUCUUCAUUAAAUAACAAUGUAGCAUGAAAAAUUUAUGAUUGAAAUGUAGUUUUCAUUCCAUAUUAAGAUACAGUUUCUGAGAAGAAUCAUUGAAUGGACUAGAAUAUGUCAAAAAAUUGAUCCUGUGUGGUUUGGGUUCAGGGCUGACUUAAAAUAAAGCACACCCUGCAAAGUCA